CUGGCGAGUUACAACGUCGACUACAAAUUAAUACUCUUCUUUCAUUUUCCUGUUGGCAAUUAAUAUGUCUGCAUCAACUAAGUCAACAGUUGAGAAGGAUGUCCAUUCGCUGGAAGGAUCUCUGAAGGAUCAAGAAAUUCAGCUUCCUGUCCAACAAGAAGCCCCUUACACGGCGUUCUCCAAGAACAGAUCCUCGUUGAUUAUAGGAAUAGUGACAGUGGCCGGUUUUCUAGGUCCUGUUUCUGGAAAUAUUUACAUCCCCAUCUUACCUCAACUUCAAGAAGUUUUUCAUGUAUCAUCCACAACUAUCAAUGCCACCGUAUCAGUCUUCAUGGCAGUUUUUGCCGUCGCCCCUCUAAUCUGGGCUUCAUGGGCAGACGUCGGAGGAAGAAGAAUGUUGUAUUUGAUUUCCCUUAUCAUGUUUAUCCUUGCAAAUAUCCUAUUGGCAGCAUUGCCUGUAAAUGUCGGUGCUCUUUUCUUCUUGAGAAUUUUACAAGCAUUCGGAGCAUCAUGUGUCAUGUCUGUGGGGGCAGGAACAGUUGCAGACAUCACACCACCAAAGGGCAGAGCAAAAGCCAUAUCAUAUUUCAUGCUUGGGCCACAACUUGGACCAAUCCUAGGUCCCAUUAUUAGUUCUAUCGCAACAGAUGGACAGUGGAGAUGGAUAUUUGGUUUUUUGGCAAUACUUGGAGCAGUGGUUUAUGUUGUGAUUUUAUUAUUUUUACCCGAAACUUUACGGUAUUUGGUAGGGAAUGGUGAAUAUUGGGAGUCUCGAGGUAAAUGGCUUGUUCCCCCUAAGCUCAUUCAAAAGAAAGUGGUACCUGAAAGUCCUAAGUACCCGAAGCCACCUAAAAUUGGAGUAAAGAGUUUAUGGGGAUUGGCACUUUACAAGCCGGUUUUACUUUGUUCUGUCAACGGAGGUCUUUUGUUUGCUUCAUUUUAUGCAAUGAGUGUUACAUUCUCUCAUAUCCUACAAAGCAAAUACCAUUUCACAGACGUGCAAACUAGUUUGUCUUACAUUUGCCCAGGAAUUUCGCUUGUAAGUGGAUCAGUUCUGGGUGGAAGGAUAUCUGACUACUUAAGAGCAAAGUUGGAAAAGAAAAGUCCAGGAAAGUAUAUCCCUGAAAAUCGAUUUUCCAUCCAAAUUGUUGGUUUGAUCAUAUCCAUGGCAGGAAUUUUGGGUUAUGGUUGGUGUGUCAACAACCAUGUUCAUGUUGUAUCAGUUUUUGUUUUCACAUUUUUAGGAGGGUUUGGAAUGACAUGGGUUUUUGUGACCAAUACUACAUACUUAACAGAAUGCUCCACUGGCCAGCCUGCUACAAUGGUAGCUCUUGGGAACUUCAUGAGAAACAUCGCGGCUGCAAUUUCUUCGGCGAUUAUUGAUAAAUUGAUAGAAAAAAUGGGGUUCGGAUGGUGUUUUACCGGUCUCGGCUUAAUUGAUCUUAUCGGUAUUGGCUUAGUAGUCAUAUUGAUCUACUAUGGGCCGAGAUGGAGGGCCGAACAUAAUAAAAAAAAGUAAUACUAGUGUUUUCGGAUUUAUUUUUCAUAUCUCUCAUGUAAUUAUUUCUUAAUUUAUAAUUCCGCAACUUU